AUGCCCUCCAAUACCUCUACCGUGGCCGAACUGGCCUCCGGUAUCGAGAAGACGGCCAUUUCUACCUCGAGAAAGCCUCACCUCGUCUUCGCCGCCGCUCCUGCCGAUGGCCACACCAACCCCCUGGCCAGGAUCGCAGCAGAGCUCGUCCGCCGAGGGUUCGAGGUAACCUUUAUCGGCGGUGCUCAGUUCGAGGGUCUUAUCAAGGGCACUGGCGCAGAGUUUGUGCCUCUUGCUCCCAUGUUCAACCCCAAGAUGGAGGCGGAGCGUAACGCUGUGCCUGCUGGUAUCCCGAGGUUGCUCUACGAUAUGAAGUACAUCUUUAUCGGUCAGACUCCUGAACGUUGGAGGAUCCUCAAGGAGGUUCUUGAGGGGUUGAGGGCCAAGGACCCUGAGCGAGAGGUCGUCAUCGUCCCCGAGACCUUCUACAUGGGCGUUAACCCCCUUUCCCUUGGUGCCCCUCUCCCCAAGGGUUACACCACCAGGCCCAAGGUGGUGAACCUCCACGUCGUGCCCUACGUGGCCACCAGCAUCGACACAGGUCCUGGCGGUCCUGGUCUUCCUCCUGACUCGUCCGAGUCUGGCCGAGCACGAAACCAGCUGCUCAACCAGAUGAUGGUUGCAGGUCCCUUUGCCGAGUCCAUCGCCUACCAGGGCGAGAUCCUCAAGGAACUUGGCACCACAGAGCUCCUCGAACCCCAGCUACCCUUCCAUCACUGGAUGCUCAUCCAUGAUGUGACCCUCCAAAUGUGUCCCCCGAGCCUCGAGUACCCCCGUUCCGACAUGCCCUCGAACGUCAAGUUCGCCGGUUGUCUAACCCCCAAGCCCAUCCCCGCCAACUUUGCCUAUCCCACCUGGUGGGACGACGUCCAGCGAGGAGACCGCCGCAUCGUCGCCGUGACGCAGGGUACCAUCGCCCGAGACUACACCGAUCUCCUCAUCCCCACGAUCCAAGCCCUUGCCGACCGUGACGAUCUCCUCGUGGUGGCCAUCCUCGGCAUGAAGGAGGCUAGCCUACCCGCCGACGUGGUCAUCCCCGCCAACACAAGAGUCAUCGACUACCUUCCCUACGACGUGCUCCUCCCUCACGCAUCCGUGUUCGUCAUGAACGCAGGCUACGGGGGCUUCCUUCACGGCGUGACAAACGGUGUACCCCUGGUUCUCGCGGGCGAGACAGAGGACAAGCCCGAGAUCGCCAUGCGCGGCCAGUGGAGCGGUGUGGCUGUCAACCUGCGCACCGGACGGCCAAGCCCCGAGCAAGUAAGGGCCGGCGUGGAGACAAUUCUCGGAGACGAUAGCUUCAAGAAGAGAGUCGAGGAGAUUAAGAUUGAGAAUGAGGCUAUGAAUAUGUUCGACGUGGUUGAGAGGCAGAUCUUGACGGUUAGAGAGGUGGAUGCUUAA